GAGAGAGUCGGUGAAGCAAACUGAUAGGCUAUAUGAUACGAGAACUUCAAAGAAAGAGAGCAUAGUUAUAAUUAAGACCGUUGGGAUCAGAUCCUGUCCUGUUUCAUGAUUCUAGUCUGCAAAGUUCGUUAAAAAGAAGUGGCAAACCAUUCACUAACACAUUAACAGGGAACAAACUUUGUCCAAACAAAGGCUCCAUCAUCAAUCCCAUUCAAAACUCUCUUUGGGAAUUCAGUCCUUAUGCUUUGCUGCUGAGAGGGAGAGAUUAUGGAACAGUUACCUGAAAAGCUCAAGGCCUUUGUCAACAACAGAUGGCUGGUUUUUGUGUGCGCCAUGUGGGUUCAGUCGUGUGCUGGAGUUGGUUACUUGUUUGGAAGCAUUUCACCUGUGAUAAAAACUGCCAUGGGUUACAACCAGAGGCAGAUAGCUAUCUUGGGUGUGGCUAAAGACUUGGGUGAUAGUAUUGGUUUUGUAGCUGGGAGUUUGUGUGAGACCUUGCCUAUUUGGGUCAUUUUGCUCAUUGGUGUGGUCCAAAAUUUUGUUGGCUAUGGUCUGGUUGGGCUUGCUGUCGCUAAUAUACUGCCUGAUUUGCCCCUCUGGGUGAUGUGUCUCGCUAUAUUUGUGGGAACAAAUGGUGAGACAUACUACAACACAGCUGCUCUAGUUUCAUGCGUGCAGAACUUUCCCAGAAACCGGGGUCCUGUUGUAGGGAUACUUAAAGGAUUUGCAGGCUUAAGUGGUGCAAUCUUGACCCAAGUUUACGCAAUGAUUAAUUUCCCUAAUGAAGCAGCACUAAUCUUCAUGGUUGCCGUUGGGCCAUCGAUAGUUGUUAUAGCUUUGAUGUUCAUUAUUAGACCUAUAGGGGGACACAACCAAGUUAGGCCUUCUGAUGGUUCAAGCUUCCUUUUAACGUAUAGCGUUUGCUUUAUUCUGGCAGCUUAUUUGUUGGGAGUAUUGGUGCUCGAGGAUGUGGUUGGCAUAAAUCAAACUCUGGUCACAUUGCUUGGAGUGCUUUUAAUCAUUCUUAUAUUGUUUCCAGUUAUAAUUCCCAUUUUAUUGGUUUUUGCUUCGGAACCAAGCGCUCCAGUAGAGGAGAAUCUACUCCCCAAGCCAGAGAAACAGGAAGCAGGUGGGUCUGCGCAGGAUGUAAAUGAGAUCAUUCUGAGUGAGGUUGAAGAUGAGAAGCCUCCAGAAGUUGACUCUCUUCCAGCAUCAGAAAGACAAAAACGAAUUGCACAGUUGCAAGCAAAACUGUUCCAAGCCGCUGCAGAUGGAGCAGUGAGGGUCAAGCGGAAAAGAGGGCCACGUAGAGGAGAAGAUUUCACCUUACAACAAGCACUGAUAAAAGCAGAUUUUUGGCUAAUGUUUGUUUCCCUUUUAUUGGCUGCUGGAUCUGGUUUGACAGUUAUCGAUAACCUGGGUCAAAUUUGCCGGUCUUUGGGCUAUAGCAAUACCAGUAUAUUCGUAUCAGUGGCCAGCAUUUUUAACUUUCUUGGUCGUGUUGCUGGUGGAUACUUUUCUGAGACUAUUAUCAGGAAAUAUGCUUUCCCCAGACCAGUGGCCAUGGCUGUGGUUCAGGUCAUAAUGGCAUUUGGACUCCUCUAUUAUGCUCUUGGCGGGCCUGGGCAAAUUUAUGUUACAACUGUGUUAACAGGACUUGGAUAUGGUGCGAACUGGGCUAUUGUGCCAGCCUCAGCCUCUGAGCUAUUUGGAUUGAAGUCUUUUGGUGCCUUGUAUAAUUUUUUCGGACUGGCAAGUCCUGCUGGUUCUCUAAUAUUUUCCGGUGUCAUUGCCAGUGGCAUAUAUGACUAUUACGCAGAGAAACAAGCUAGCCUCCGACAGGCCAUUUCAGGAUCUCUGCUCACUAUUCCUCUUCGGGAUGAUGAUUCACUAACUUGUGAGGGUUCCAUAUGCUACUCUCUCACUUGCUUAUUGAUGUCAGGGUUUUGUCUAGUCGCAAUGGUGUUGAGCUUGAUCGUUGUUUAUCGGACUAGAAAUGUGUAUGCCCAACUCUACGGAAAGUCCAGCACUUGAGUCUCAAGGAGUAGCCAAGCCACCAUAAAUCAUUUUUCUCUACCAUCGCCUUGCAGUUUGUUGGUCCUUAUCCAUGUGACCGGAUAUGUUGCGUAAGGCAAGAAAAGUUGCAAAAGGUUACUUUUAGAAAGCUAUUACGUAAUUGAUAGCACUUAAUUAAACUUCAAAUAACAACAGGUGAUUCAACAGUUCAUCAUAGAGCAUGAAGCUUUUGACGAAUUCUAAAUUAAGAAGCGUGAAGAAUGUAAACUUUUUGACAAAAUGUUUGAGAAUAAUGACACUCGGUUGGUAAUUU